UGAAAGUACUCCGAUCUGGCAUCACUGGCUGUUUAUCCAUUUUGUUAUUAUUUUAAUUAUACAUGUAUACUUUUUUUCAUAGCUUCGUAAUAAUUUAGUAAAGCUUAAAAUUGUACAAGUAUUGGAAAUGACUGUAAAUAAUGUUCGUGGAAUUAAUUAUAAAUAAUGAAAUCCAUUUCAGUGAUAUUAUAAGAAGCAAAUCAAUAGUCGAAGACAACUGCAGGUAUUCGAGAUUCAUAUGAUGCUAUUUCAUCACAUUUAUAUCAAUAUAAUGAAUGAAGUAAGAAAAUUCACUUAGACGUGUCAUAUACCAUAAGAAAAUAUUCCUCUGUACUCACAUCACGUGGCUACACAUCAUUCAGCAAAUGAGUAAUCUAUUGAAACGUGUUUAUCAAUAGUUAAAUAGCAGCCAGCGAAUAAAUGGUGCUAACAGAUGCCAUGGAAAGACGAAUUAAAUUAAAAACAUUAAAUAGCCACAUUACGUGCAAAAUAUGCAGAGGUUAUUUGAUAGACGCAACAACCGUUACAGAGUGCCUACAUACUUUUUGUAAAAGCUGUUUAGUGAAGCACUUAGAAGAGAAACAUACUUGUCCAACAUGUCAAAUAGUCAUUCACCAAUCUCAUCCUUUACAAUAUAUAAGCUUCGAUCGAACCAUGCAAGAUAUUGUCUACAAACUUGUUCCUGACCUUCAGGAAAAUGAAAUUAAAAGAGAAAGAGAAUUUUACAGAGCCAGAGGGUUGCCAUGCCCUAAAGAUAUUUUACCUAAUGCUAGUGAAACUGAAGACGAACAAUCUGAAAUACAUCAAGAUUGUGAUUAUCAUAGAACUGAUGAACAAGUUAAUGUGUGUUUAGAGUGUAUAAACACAAGUUUAAAAACCUUAAAACGAAAAUUCAUCAGAUGUUCUUCUCAAGCUACAAUUACGCACUUGAAAAAAUUUAUUGCCAAAAAAGUUCUCAAUGGAAUGGAAAAAUAUCGAGAUAUUGAUAUCUUGUGCAAUGAUGAGCUACUAGGAAAAGACCAUACUUUAAAAUUUGUUUAUGUAACAAGAUGGAGGUUCCGGGACCCACCUUUAAGGCUUCAAUACCGACCACGUAUAGAUAUUUAAGUUCUACAAUUUUCAUUAAUAAUGCUUGUUUAAAAAUUUAUUUUUAUUUUUAUCGUUUAUAUCAUCAUUUUUUUAGUUGAAUGAUGUCGUGAUUGUUGAUUUGAUUACGGCGUGUACAAUCAGAGUUAUCAGCGAAGCUCCAAAGCAAUUAUUUUACUUCAUAAUAGUUAAAAUACCUUAAUAUAAGUUUAUUUAAAAUCUAUUUCUAGAAAAUAUUGAUGACAAAACUGAUUUCCAUGAACGGAAAAUAAUAUUUUAUUACUUAAUAACCUUUAAAAUGACUGCCCA